UUUUCACGCUUUUUUCUUCUUCUCCAUCUCUCCGUGCAGCAGUCGAAGAUAUUAUCAUAAUUUCCUCACUCACAAAUCAAGUUCUCAAUCAUGGCUUCGAAGCAAAAGAAAUCAAAACAAUACAGUAUUGAGAAAGUGAAAAAACUAGGGCAAGAACUUUUAACCUCAAGAGCUCACAUUAACAACAUACCAAUACUUCUUACAAUCAUAUCUCCAUCUUCAUCUCCUGAAUAUGUUUUUGAAUCCAUCAUCUCUUUACAAUCUUUCUUUAUUCCUGUUCUCUCUGAUCUUCCUCCUUCUUCUUCAUCUAAAUCUACAUUGAAUACAAGAAAAUCAUCAGUUGUAGACGCUGAUUUAGAAUACAAAAAUAUGCUUCGAUUGUGGUUUGAUGAGUUUGUUAAUUCUCUUAUUGCUGUUGCUGUUUCUGAAGAUUCUACUGAUGACCUAAAAGAUGUUGCAUUGGAUUCUAUAAUGGAUUUUGUGAAGCGGGAGAAAGGUGGGAAAUUUGAUUCUUCUUUAUACAACAGGUUUCUUAAGUCUGUGGUUUAUUCAACAGCCUCCACUGAUUUCUUACUCAACAGGCCACCCAACUCAGAAGAUUUUUUCAAGUAUAUGGAUGUCUGUUAUUUUACGUAUAUUAGUUUGAAAAAGCUGUCCAAGGAUUUGGGGAAUGAUGCUUCAGAUGAUGGAAGUGAGGUGUUAUCUAAAUCGAGCGAUGCCGAGUUUGCCUCCCGCAAUAUUUAUUCUAUCUUAUCCAACAUUCCUCUAGAGAUGUUGGAGGAGAAAUCUGACUAUAAGACAUGGAGCGAGUUAGGAUUUCUAUCCAAGGAGGAUGAGGAAAAUCCUGUUAAAUCGAAGAAACAAAAGAAUAGUGUCUUGUCAUCAUCUCGUAUUGUUAAAAAGAUGAAGUUGAAGUUCACCAAUGCGUGGUUAUCAUUUCUUAGAUUAAAACUCCCGCUCGAUCUGUACAAGGAGGUUCUCAUUGCUCUCCAUGAUAAAGUGGUUCCAUUUCUUUCGAAUCCCGUGAUGUUAUGUGACUUCUUAACAAGAUCGUAUGCCAUUGGUGGCGUUGUCAGUGUAAUGGCUCUUAGCAGCCUCCACAUUCUUAUGACAAAACAUGGGCUAGAGUAUCCUGAUUUCUACCCAAAGCUCUAUACGUUGUUGGUUCCUUCAGUCUUCAUGGCAAAACAUCGGGCAAAAUUUUUUGAGCUCCUGGACUCUUGCUUAAAGUCUAAUAUGGUCUCAGCAUAUUUGGCAUCUGCAUUUACUAAGAAGUUGAGUAGACUGGCGCUCGUUGUACCUCCCUCUGGAGCGUUAAUCAUUAUUGCUCUAAUUCACAAUCUCUUGAGGAGACAUCCAUCAAUCAACUGUUUGGUCCACCAGCAAGCUGAUGAUGAAUUUGAUGGAGAUGUCGCAAUAGAUGAAAAUGAACCUGGCGAGAAGAGUCUUAAGUCUGGAAGCGAUCAGGAUACAUCCAGUAAAAAAUCAGGCGUCGAUCUCUUCAACAUUGAAGAGAGUGAUCCUGCCAAAUCUAAUGCCUUGAGAAGUUCUCUGUGGGAGAUUGACACCCUUCGCCACCAUUACUGCCCUCCCGUUUCAAGAUUCGUUUUGGACCUUGAAAAUGACUUAACAGUUAGAUCCAAAACCCAAGAAAUGGGUGUGAGUGAUUUCAGCUCAGGUUCAUAUGCCACAAUAUUUAGAGCAGAGACCGCCAGGAGGAUAAAGCAGGUCCCACUUGCAUUCUACAACACCAUUCCAACUUCUCUUUUCCCAGAGGGUGAAUUUGCUGGUUGGACAUUCAAAUUUGAUGAAGACGAGUAUAACAAAAGGAAACUGGAAUCUGUUAAUGCCGAGAAUGGUUUAGUUUCCACCACUGAGGACGGUUUAGUUUCCACCACUGAGGACGAUAACAACAUCAAGUCCAUAAAGAAACAAAAAGUCGCAUCCUCCUGAAAUCCAUGUUAUCCAAUUUUGCUCUGUGGAAAUAGUAUCUAUGUACUUCUAUUUUGUACGACAACAGUGUAUCACAGUGUAUUGUUGAUUUUCUGGAGACCCUCUAAAAUGAUGUUUUAGAGAUUCCCUCUCCGACAAAGAACUGCUUGUUUGAUUAGCGAGUGUAGUUUAUAACAUCUGUUUAAGUUAAUUUUUCAAUACUGCAAAUCCAUUAUGGAUUUGGUAAUGCUACUCCUAGUUCUUAGUACGUAAUGCAUGUUUUGGUUUGCCUUCUGU